CUCUCAUUGCAAGUUCUUGGAUAUUUCUUCCCAUUUCUAUCUUCAACUCUCUCUCACGCACACACGCGCGCGCGACACGCUUAGACACAGAUACAUAAAUACAUUACGAGAGAGAGAUAUAUAUAACUUCAAAUAGAAUUGCACACACUACAUUAGAAUUACGUUCCCUCCACCCUUGUUUUCUCAUCAUAUAUGAAUAUGAACAUGGCAACAUACGAUGAGACGGCGGCGGGCAGCGGAGGUGGCUGCAGUUUCCGGCGGUUCUGCUGCGGCGGGGACGAAGACGAGGGCCAUAGGUCUCUUCUUGGCGAAAAGGAAGGCGGAGCGGAGUGGUGGUUCGUAGCAAAACUCAAGAAACUGAGGGAGUUGUCGGAGGUGGUGGCGGGGCCUAAAUGGAAGAAUUUGAUCAGAAAGAUGGGCAGAAUUUGCAAUUCCAGGAAACAGAAUAAGAGUGCCGUGGAGUCUCGGUAUUCGCCGGAAAGCUACGCCCUCAACUUCUCCGGCGACGCCAAUGAAGACGACCAAGAAUUGUCGCACAGCUUCUCAACGAGGUUCGCCACCGGUUUUGCCAUCAAUGAUCACCAAAGGCGGCCGGGGUUGUGACUUUUUUUUUUUUUUUUUUUUUUGAGUUGGUGUGAUUAUUGUUAUUAAAUACUUUGAUGGAUUUUUUAAUUCUUUGUUCUGGAAUUCGUGGUGACUACUAAUGUAUGAUCAUAAUGAUAUUGCUAUUUUAAUUCAUUAAUGUAUCCUUCAAAAAAAAAACUCAUUAACGUGUCCUACCUCGGAUCGUUCUACGCUGCAUUUUACUAGUACACACAUUGCUGGCGACAAGAUAAAUUACUCAUUAUAAUAUAUAUUAAUUCAAAAUAUUAUUUCUAUUUUUUAAAAAUAAAAAAAAUGGAUCAUUUAUUCUUCUUU